ACGGCUGCUUUAAUUGUGACGUUGGCAACCCUAAAACCGAGACCAUGCAUAUUUUAAUUUUUGCAAAGCGGGUGAUACUACAAACAAUCAAAUGAACGAACGAAUGAACGCAAAAGAUGCAGGCGGCAGUCAGGCAGGCAUGCAUGUAUUUACUUGUUGGAUAAACAUUGAAAAUACAGAACGCCGAAUUUAUGGAUUCAGUUGAAAUGUUACAAAUAUGUGUGCGUGCUUGCGGCUUGCGGAUAUGUGGGUGGGUUGGUUGCUUCUUUUGGGUGGCCAGACCUGGCACACAUGUUUAUCGCAUGAUAUAAACCACCGACCGAACAAUGCCUGCCAGAAUUUAAACCGCAAACCCCGCCUAGCAUUCUGCUAAAACGAAAAAUAAAUACCGAAGAAACGCAACCGAACGAAACGAAAGCAACAACAACUGCAGAAGACGGACACAAAAAAAAGAAUAAAACAACACUAAAUAAAAAUAACAAAAAAAAAAAACAAACAGAAAAAACGGCAGCAAGAAAAGUUAGUCUCUGUAGGACUGACACCUGUACAAAGCGUCAAUAAGUGAGGCCAAGUGGGCUAUUAAAUGCCAAGUUAAUGGGUUGAACAAAUUGUUUUUACCAGUCGGUGUUGUUAUUUUCCGCUGUUGUUCAUUUCGCUUCGCUUGGAGUAGACGCAUUGAAUGCAUGUCCACCGGGCCGCCAGUCUGAUCGACUUAUGUAAAACCACCGAUAAGCAAAGCAGCGUGAGGAGCAACAGCCAGUGAACCAGGGGAACCCGAUUGCCCAGGCCAAGAAGGAAGCCAGGAAGAGCAGCAAAGGAAACGAAACAGCAGGGGGAAAAGGAGAGGAAACAGGACAAGGUCAAGGAGCAACACCAGUCGGUGUGUGGAGCAGAAGCUGGCGCAUCUGGGGCAGUGACACGCGAGCACAGGUGGUGGUGGUCAGCCCAGCGUAGCAGCGUAACUCCUGGAAGUCAGCAGUCAGCAGUCAGCAGCCAGCAGUCGGUAGUCAGUCAAGGACGGCAAGGCAGGCGGACAGAGGCAAUCAUGUCUUCGCCGGCGGCGCAGAGCAACAGCAGCAGCAGCAGCAGCCAGCCGCAGUCCGCCGCCCAGCAGCAGCAGCAACAACAACAACAGCAGCAGCAGAAUCAAAAGGCCAAUGUCAACAAUACCACACACGAUAGCAAGAACAAUGCGGCGGCGACGACGGGGACGGCAGGAGGAGCAGCGGGAUCCGCUGGAGCGGCGAGCACACAACAGCAAGGGCAGGGGCAGGGGCAAGGCGGUAGCGGUACGGGCAACUCGAGCGGACCAAGCAGCCCCACCAAGCGCAGCACAAUAUCGACAAAGGAGCGUGUGAUCGACAGCGUACCCUUUCCGCCGUCCCGCAAACUCACCUGCGCGGAUGUGUUCGAUGCGCGGACCGGCAAGCCGCAGCACGAUGUCCUCAAGCAGCACUUCAUACUGGAGGGCAGGAUCGAGGAGAGCGCCGCCCUGCGCAUCAUCCAGGAAGGCGCCACCCUGCUGCGCACGGAAAAGACGAUGAUCGACAUUGAGGCCCCGGUGACGGUCUGUGGGGAUAUUCACGGUCAGUUCUACGAUCUGAUGAAGCUGUUCGAGAUCGGAGGCUCGCCGGCGACCACCAAGUAUCUGUUCCUGGGCGACUACGUCGAUCGGGGCUACUUCAGCAUCGAGUGCGUGCUGUAUCUGUGGUCGCUGAAGAUCACCUAUCCGCAGACGCUGUUCCUGCUGCGCGGCAACCACGAGUGCCGGCACCUGACCGAGUACUUCACCUUCAAGCAGGAGUGCAAGAUCAAGUACUCGGAGCGCGUGUACGACGCCUGCAUGGACGCGUUCGACUGCCUGCCGCUGGCGGCGCUGAUGAACCAGCAGUUCCUCUGCGUGCACGGCGGCCUGUCGCCGGAGAUCCACGAGCUGGAGGACAUACGGCGGCUCGACCGCUUCAAGGAGCCGCCCGCCUUCGGCCCCAUGUGCGACCUGCUGUGGUCGGACCCGCUGGAGGACUUCGGCAACGAGAAGAACUCGGACUUCUACACGCACAACUCCGUGCGCGGCUGCUCGUACUUCUACAGCUACGCCGCCUGCUGCGACUUCCUGCAGAACAACAACCUGCUGUCGAUCAUCCGGGCGCACGAGGCGCAGGACGCCGGCUACCGCAUGUACCGCAAGAGCCAGACCACCGGCUUCCCCUCGCUGAUCACCAUCUUCUCGGCGCCCAACUAUCUCGACGUGUACAACAACAAGGCGGCGGUGCUGAAGUACGAGAACAACGUGAUGAACAUCCGGCAGUUCAACUGCUCGCCGCACCCCUACUGGCUGCCGAACUUCAUGGACGUGUUCACCUGGUCGCUGCCCUUCGUCGGCGAGAAGGUCACCGAGAUGCUGGUGAACGUGCUGAACAUCUGCUCCGACGACGAGCUCAUGACCGAGGAGAGCGAGGAGCCGCUCUCGGACGACGAGGCGGCGCUGCGCAAGGAGGUGAUCCGCAACAAGAUCCGCGCCAUCGGCAAGAUGGCGCGCGUCUUCUCCGUGCUGCGCGAGGAGUCCGAGUCGGUGCUGCAGCUGAAGGGGCUGACGCCCACGGGCGCCCUGCCCCUCGGCGCCCUCUCCGGCGGCAAGCAGUCCCUGAAGAACGCCAUGCAGGGCUUCUCGCCCAACCACAAGAUUACCUCGUUCGCGGAGGCCAAGGGCCUUGACGCCGUCAACGAACGGAUGCCGCCGCGCCGGGAUGCCACGCCCUCGCCGGCGGAGGAGGGCCAGAAAUCACUGUCAGCCGCGGCAGCAGCAGCGGCCAAUGCAAAUGCGAAUUCAAUCAAUGGAUAAUUCUAAGUCAGUUAGCCACAGCCACAGCUAAAGCUAAGUAACAGUCAAGUUAGUCAGUCGGAUCGAUGGAUGGAUGGUUGAUCGGUGGGAUCUGUGGAUCUGUGGGAUCUGCGGAUCUGUUGGGGAUCGAAGGAGGAGCAACAGCAAAGUCAGUUGGUAGUCGACAGUUAAGCAGCAAAACGGUGGGAGGGAGUCAGCAGAACAGUUCGAAAGAGAAGAAUAGUCUCAAGUUCGGCUCAAAGAAUAUUACAAAAAAACAACUGGGCGGCAUACAGACAAAAAAAUAACACAGCUAAUUGAAAGAUCAUGAUAUACUGAAGGCGAAGUUGAUCGAGGAUAGUAAGGAUCAAGAGCAGAGACACCACAACAACAACAGCAACACGAAACAACACAGCAAGCGUUAACGAGUACUUAUUGGUAUUAAAAAGCAAGCAGUUAAAAGUAACAAUGCGAAACACCCCCUAAAAACGGAAACUAAUUAUAAAGUUGAAAGAUUAUAGAGUUAUAUAUAUAUACGUAUAUAUAUAUAUAUCAAAAUUUUGUGCAACGUUAUAUCAAAAGAGCAAAUGUAAAAGCUAAGCGAAAGUUUAAAAAAAAGAGAGCGCAUGCGCCCCAGGCUUUUGGCAAGCAGUUGAAAAAUGAAGCAGUAGACAGAUGCAAAAGCAGUUGCAAGUUGCGCGCAUUCCCCCAUUUAAAGCAAAAAUCUAAAUACAAGCAAAUUAGGUAAUUUAAAUUAUUUGCUAACAAAUUGUAAAACGAAUCGAAAAACAACUUUCAUCUCUGUAAAGUCAAACUAAAACGAAGUGACAAAAGCUAAAAGAGAACUAAAUCUAGCAUCUUAACUGAAACUAAAGUUAAAAGAAAUUCUACUACUUUCGUUGUGUGGCGUCUGCGGCGACUUCUUCUCAAAAACAAACAAAAAAAUAUACAAAAAAAAAAAAAACAAAAAAUGAAAGAUUGAAACAACUUCCUACAACAACAACAGCAGCAACAAUAUUUUACUACAAUAUUUUAAUACAAGAACAAGAAACGACUGAAUCUCUCUCUAUCUAUCUAACUAUCCGACUCUUUCUCUCUCACACACACACACACACACACACACACCCACAUCAUACAACACACCACACCAUACACGUACAUUAACAAAACGAGGCCAUGAUCCAACUCAAAGUUGAUCAGCCUCGCCGAUCGUUUAUCGGUAAUCGUUUAUCGUCGCCAUUGUCGCCUCACACUCUCUCAUCUGGUGAUUGUGUAUGUGGUCUUUAUAUACGUGCCAUCUUUGUCGUAGUCAUUAGCUGAAUAUAUAAUUAAUACAUUUGCAUGGGCCGCAGCGAUGCAGGCGCCAGUGUUGUGCCACCCCACCUCCAGCCGGCCACCAAUCGAAAUAAUCGAACUAAUCGAAGUUAUCGAAAUAAUCGAAUCUCAAGGCGCGUCGAUUCUUAAACCCUCCCUCCCUCCCCCUCUUCUCCAUUGCAACCCACGUUCCCCUCCGUCAUUUGCGCCUGCGUCGUCUUCGUGAGCGUGUGCAAAUCCUUUUUAUACUUAAUGGAAUUUUAGUUACUUUUUAAAGUCGAUGGAUGAGAUGAAGAUGAUAAUGUAGAGGAGAAAUUAAAGGGGGAUAAUAUGAUGAUCAGAGCAGAACAGAGCAGAAGCCUAACUGAAGAAUAUGUAAUAAACGUGUGCAAAGGGAAUUUUGUUAUUUCUUAAAUUUUUAUAUUUCUUGUUAAUUUUUUUAUAAUUUGUAUUUAUUGUAAACUAUUUAUAUAUAUACUUAUAUAUACACACACAAUCAGCAACACACAUAAUAUAAAUACAUAAAUAUAUAUUUAUAAACUAAAUUGUUGUUUCUACUUCAUUAUUGUUUACUACACCUUUUUCUAUAAGCGUUAAGUAAUUUAAUUAAAUGAAUUUAAUAAAAUGAAAAAUUAAACAAACAAAAAACCGCCUGCAGCCAAACAGGGCAAGGCAAAACGUUUUCUUAAACAAAAAUAAUUAUAUUCUACAAUAAGACGUAAGGGAAGAAUCAUUAACAACAACAAAAAAAAAAAAACCGAACUAUGUGAAUUAACUAUUAAGUUUAAAUUAUACAAA